AUGAACACAUCUCAGCCUGUCUCAGAGUUUAUAAUUGUGGGACUGUCAGAGUUCAGGGACAAGCAUGCGAUCAUGUUUGUUGUUUUUCUGCUGGCCUACAUGACCAUUUUGGGGGGGAAUCUCAUGAUCAUAUACCUGGUGAGGACAGACUCCAAGUUGAACUCUCCCAUGUACUUCUUUCUCCACAACCUGUCCUUCGUGGACAUCGUGUACACGUCAGUGACCAUCCCCAACAUGCUGUCGGGCUUCCUGACAGAGAUCAAAACCAUCUCUACGUCGGGCUGCUUCCUGCAGAUGUACUGGUUCAUCUCCAUGGCGGUGACAGGGAGGGCCCUGCUGACUGUGAUGGCGUUCGACCGUUACGUGGCCAUCUGCAACCCACUGCGAUACACGGCCAUCAUGACCAGGAAAGUGCGAGUGCUCCUCAUUGUUGGUGCCUGGGGCUUUGGGAUGGCCUGUACCCUGCCCUCCAUCUCCAUGACCAGCAUGCUGCCCUUCUGUGGGCCCAAUCGUGUGCAGCACUGCUUCUGUGACCCCUCCUCUGUGAUGAGGCUGGCCUGCACUGACAUAGGCCUGAAUAGUAGGGUGUCACUGGCGAUUGCCGUCUUCGCCCUCCUGACCACGCUCACGCUGAUCCUGUCCUCCUAUGUCGUCAUCGGUGUCUCCAUCGUCAGGAUGGGCUCCUCGGAGAGCAGGCGCAAGGCGUUCGGCACCUGCGCGGCCCACCUCACUGUGGUCUCCAUAUCCUACGUCUCUGCCUCUUUCGUCUACAUCUCCUACCGGGUGGGGAAUUUCUCCUCAGACGUGCGCAUCAUUGUGGCUGUGCUCUACUCGGCCCUGACCCCACUGCUGAACCCCAUGAUCUACAGCCUGCGCAACAAGGAGCUAAGAGACGCUGUACGGAGAGUAUUGUGUAGGCGAAGGGCUGUCUCACCUCAGGGAAAAAAAACAGUAACUGCUUUAAGUUGA